AUGUCCAUCAACUGGGACACAUACAAGCCCGACAUCACCAGGUUGUACAUCAAUGGGAACAAGACUGCUGAAGAGACAAUUGAGUAUCUCAACGAAAAGCAUGGAGCUGGCAUCACGAUCAGAAAGUUCAAAUCAGAGUUCGGGAGCCUGAAGAAGCUCCAGGCCAAAGAAUGGCGGGCGAUCUUUCAAGAGAUCCGCAAACGGAAGGCUGGCGGCAAAGAUUCUGAAGUGUACUUAUGUGGUCGACGGCUUAAUCAGAGUCGUGUGGACAGGGCCAAGCGACGAUACGACAAGGGUACUGAUGCCGGACGGUCUGCGAGCACAUUUGACCACAGUCGCAUCGAAAUCAGAAGCCCGGCAGCACAAAAUUCGGAAACAAUCAUCGAGGCAAGUUUUGACGCCGUACGCGCCUCCACAGACCAUGGAAACCAGAAAGGCGUUCGUCAAGGGAUUCGACCAACACCGGCCCACAAUGCGGAACUGGCUGCUGUACGCGUAUCUGGGGACACAACUACAGCCCAGAAAGCCGACGAAGAAAGGUUGCCGCGGGUAUCUGCGGAUGGCAGGUACAUUGACGACGUGGAUAUUCACGAAAUUUCCUAUGAUUUUAGUACUCCUACUUUGGACAACGACUUCAUUCACGACCUGACUGAUACUCCACACGUUGACAUGCCUGAUGUGAAGGAAAUAUCAGACCGAAGCUUAAUUCCUUUCCUGUCCCAGAGCACAAUUCCGACGCAAGAUACGACUUGUUCAAUUUUCAACCUCAAUCAUCAAGCCCCGCGUCAUCACCGACGGUUUACCUCACCACAGGCGGCCAUCUCCGUUAGAAUAGCCCCAUCAUUCUUCAAUGUUGUACCUGGCUGCUCGACAAAAUUCUUACAACCCUUCUGGAACUCAAAAGGCAUCUCUAAUAUCUUUCCCGAACUCCAAGACACAAGAUACUGUGUCAGGAUAAGCAGCCGCCAAUCCCAUUCGAGGGCAAUGUUGGGCAAGGUUGGGUGGAUUUCAUCGCGCCUAGCCGACACGGAUCCUACACUACGCGUGCUGCAUCCUGCUGAAAGCGUUCUCGAAAACAUUGUCUUCAACUCGAACUCGGGUGGCAUACCAAGCCGCGAAGUCUGGCCAUCUAUGAAUAUGGACCAGAAGUCUAUCUAUCAAAUCUUCACCGUCAUCCUAUACGUCGUCUCCAAUAAUCAUCUGCAGACUCAUACAAUCGGAGCUUUCAUCACUUCGGUCAUCUCCAGCAGAUACUUUGGCCAGUUAUCGAACUUUUUGAAAGACUGUGUGUCUGGAUCAUGUGAAGCUCGUGUCUUCAUAGUCAAGGCUCUGCAAGCAGCUAUUCCCACCAGUGUGAAUGUUUUUCUACCUCGAAGCAGCUUGUUCAAGACACACCCUGAUGAGUCUUUUCAACUCCUUCUAGCAUUGGAUGAAAGUAUGGUAUUGGGUUCUCUGGGUAUUGACCUGCUUAUCACCGCGGCAGACUCCGAUCACUUGGCUGCAGUUCAAACGCUAGUUGCUCAAGGAGUUGAUGUGAACGGAGUCAAUGAUCGGUUUGACUGUGACAGUCAGGAUGCAUCAUGGACUCCACUGAGCCGGGCUGCAGUGCACGGUUCCCUAGAACUGGUGAGAUUCCUUGUCGAGUCUGGCGCAAAAGUCAACACCCAGCUCCACGGAAUCUACACAAGGGAAACCGCACUUACACUAGCUGUGAAAAAACGAAGGGUCGAGAUAGUGUCUGCUCUCUUGGCUGGAGUAGCAACCAUCAGUCUCCACCCCAAGACUUUGCGAGAUACCAAGGUGAAUUCACCAGGCAUAUAUCAGUUGCUAUUGGGCAAGCUGGAAGGUGCCGAGGCUGAAACGUUGCGUAUAGUUGAAGCAGCAGCGGGAGGGGCGGAGAAUCUUUCCCAGUUUCUUCUUGCUCGAAACAUUGUCGAAGAUGAAGUGCUUGAGUGUGGAUUGCACCAUGCAGUUGUCGGGUGCAAUGUGAGAGCUGUGAGGACAUUGUUACGCCGUGGAGUAGAUCCCAUGGCCCGAAAGUACCGCAAACUGACCCAAUUUGCGAAUCCGAAUGCCGAAGACGAAUUGGGCGGUGUUGAGUUUGAUGGAAACAGCCUCGUUCUCCUGGCAGCUAAAGGGCUCACAGAAGAAGAUGACCAGAUGCAAUAUAUCCUUUACCUCCUAGUAAAGGCUGGAGCACGACUGGAAAUGAAGACGAUCAAACGAAUCCAGGAUGAAGCGCUGCGAGAAGUAUAUUUUGACUUCUGUACUACUCUAUUCAGUGCAGGACACGAUUUGUCUUGGAUUGGCUUAGAAGUGCUGAGAGAUGCAGCCCAGUAUGGGGACUUUUACAAGUGUAGGGCUUUGCUCGACAUGGAGGUACCAAUUGAUGCCUAUGGAUCGCGUGGGCUGAGCAGUUUGCAGACUGCGGCACUCGCAGGCCACCUUAUCCUAGUGCAGUAUCUGCUGGACCGCGGUGCAAAUGUCAACUUGCCUGCGUACCAUCAUGGUGGACGCACAGCUCUGCAGGCUGCAGUCAGCGAAGGCUACUCGGACGUCAUUGACUGUUUGCUGGACGCUGGUGCUGACGUCGCAGCACCUGCCGCUGAGACUGACGGUCUAACUGUGUUGGAAGCCGCUACUCUUGCUCGCCACCGGUCUCCGCCAUCGACGGUCAUUUUCAAAAAGCUGCUUGCACAUGGGGCUCCAGUCAAUCGUCCCAAUGACGAGCCCGGCCAGGUUCUGCAUGGACUUAUUCAAGAAUCCAAAUUCGAGUGUCUCAAACUGGCGCUACGAGCAGGCGCAAGAAUUGAGGACCGAUGUCUGGUUAACCUCUUCGAGCCAAGGAGGUCAAUGUUGACACCACUGCAAUUCGCCGCGCAUCGUCUCGAUGAACAAGCUAUCCAACUCCUUCUUGAGCAUGGGGCGGAUGUUAAUGCUCUUGCUAUCGAUGGACACACUGCUCUUCAGUGCGCACUAUCGCCGCACAUAAGGAACCCCAAUGAGAAUUUCAACCUCGAGUUACAGGCUGAGAUUGUCCAACUUCUCUUGGAUAAUGAAGCAAAUGCCAACGCCCCGGCCAGCCCCAACUUUGGUCGUACCGCUCUACAAGUGGCAGCAUCAUACCAGCAUGCCAGCCCUUAUCUCGUGGAUCUUCUUCUACAGCGUGACGCAGAUGUCAACGCCGAGCCUGCGAUGCGUGGUGGGGUUACAGCCAUCCAGGGUGCUGCAAUCAAUGGAAACCCACAGAUUGCGCUCAUGCUGCUAGAUCACGGGGCCAACAUCAAUGCCCCUGCAGCCCCAGAGGAGGGUCGUACAGCUGUUGAGGGUGCGGCCGAGCAUGGGCGGCUGGAAAUGGUUCGCCUGCUUCUCCGUAGUGGUGCUCUCCCGGAUCCAGUUACAGGAUUCUCAACUGCUAUUGCCUUCGCUAAAGCACAAAACCACUGGGCUGUAGCAGAUCUAUUGGAGGAGAGCCAGAAUGCCUUUGAUCCUUUUUCUUUGUCCUUUUGCGACUCGUUGAACUGGUCUGAUCAAGUCAGCCAAGACCUAGGGAUGGGGUUUAUUGACAAUGAACCCCCGAUCUUCUAAAUUCGAUGGUCAAGGCGAUUUCGGUACACCAAAUAUGAAAUAAUUCCUUCUGCGUCGUUGUCAAUGCUUUUAUCUUG